AAAAAAAGCAGCCAGCAGGCAAGUAGCCUUUUAAAUCUUACUCUCGUUUAGAUUUUCAGAUGAAUCCCGACAAGAGGAACGGUGGGGAGUCUUCAGCAUUUUCCAACUGUAACCUGGAGAAAAUAUUGUACAAGUGUCUCUAAAAUCUGGUUUUGAGUCUGUUGAAUUGGUCAGCCUCUUAUCUGACUUCAGAGUGGCUCCUGGAAUAUGUCACAAUAAAUCCCAGUGGCUGAAUACAGGAUGACAAUUGCAAUUUUUUCCGGCUGUACAUUCUUUCUGAGAAUCAAGAAGUUAACAAUUCUAGAAAAGAACAGACUGAAGAAGUCCAUUAAGGAAAAUGGUGGGCGGAUUGCAUUUGGAUUAAAUCAAGAGUGCACUCAUGUUGUCACUGAAGAUGCUGAUGCACUCAGCCCCAGCCAUCUGAAAACCAUCCAGAAGUAUGAGCUGCCUAUGGUAAAUGUUGAUUUCCUAUGGGAUUCCAUCAAAGAAAGAAAACUUCUACAAUGUGAGAAUUAUGAGCUAUCCCAAACAGUGCCUUGUGAAACAGGUACCGAGACUACCUUAAUGAACGGCGAUGACAGCCCUAAGGAAAAAGAUGUUUCUGAAGAGAAUCACAAGCAUAAAUGGGAUGACAGCAGAAACUUAGAAAAACUGAGAUGGUAUUCAGAUAAAGAUGAAUAUGUUCCAUAUUUUCCUAAAGAGUUUGAGCUUGCAAAAUAUGAUAUCCUUGAAAAGAUUGCAGCACAUGGUGAAUAUGUUGUUCUUGAAAUGCAGUGCUUUCAGCAGGAAUGCAGUUACCCAUUUUGUAUAAGAGCACAUUACAGCAUGCUGGAAGGACGCCCAAAACAAAAACGACUGAUGCCAGCUAAGACCUCAGAAGAAGCUAGAAGACUCUAUGCCCUUUCUAUUCAAGAUUUAAAGAACAUGGGUUUUGAAUUAAGAAAAGAAUUUCCAUAUCAAGCAGACUAUUUAGUAUCAGAAAAAUUACAAGAGAUGCUUAUAGCAGAGGCAGUCAGUUCCAGUGUUUUGUCUGAAGAAGUUGGUAGGUUUGUGGAACUUAUUUGGACCGAAGCAGUUGGACACCUGAAUGGUCUGCUAGAUAAACCCAUAACAAGAAUCAGCCUCAAUGAUGUGAGCAGAGCUGAAGGCAUUCUUCUUCAAGGGAAGAAGUCUUGGGAACAAACAGGAUCUCUGACAGAACUGUCUGCAAUCAUAUCAGAAUUCUAUAAAAUCAUACCCCACAAAAACGUUUUGGAGGAUGCUGUUAGCAAAAAAUCAUUAUAUACUAAACGGGAUCUCUGUCAGCUGAUUAGAGAUAUGCUGAAUAUUAGUGAAAUAAAUAUGUCAGUUCUUAACCCAUCAUCCCUUUCUAAGUAUCGGGCUUUGAGAUGCAGGAUUGAUGCUCUACAUGUGGAAAGUGAAGAGUUUAACAAUGUUAAACACUUGCUGGAACAAAACACCAGUGAAAAUCUAAUACAGGUUUUGAAUAUAUAUAAAGUCAGCAGAGUAACUGAAAGUAUGGUGUUUGAGGAAAAACUUGGCAAUGUUCAAUCUUUAUUCCAUGGAUCAUCUGUUUGCAACUUUGUGGGAAUCCUCUCAAGAGGACUACUUUUGCCAAAGGUAGCUGAAGAUAAUGCCUUUGAAAGAACAGAUUUUGGGUACUUGGGCAGUGGCAUUUAUUUCAGCAACUCUGUAAGAACAAGCAUUAAGUAUUCCCAGCCAUGUGAAACAGAUGGAACUCGACUGUUGCUCAUUUGUGACGUAGCACUUGGAAGUUGUUGGAAGACUAAGCAAUACUGCUACUGUUCAAGUGAAGGACCACCACAAGGUUAUGAUAGUGUACAUGGAGUCAGUAGAACAGAAAAGAAAAAAUCUAUUUUUGAGGAUGAUGAAUUUGCAGUGUACAGAACCAGUCAGGUCAAGAUCAAAUAUGUGGUUCAAUAUAAAUGUGAUAAUGACAAAGUUAAAGAAUUCCAGCCAAUAAUUCAGACUGAAUUAGAAGAGCAGAGGCUAUCUUUUGAGGAUCAUGACCAGCCUAAGGAUUAUACAGUACCGAGCAGUGAUCUGUUGAAUGAUAUUUCUGCUGGCCUACUGGACAGAGCUGGGAAUCCAAUUCCUCUUAAAGAUAUUCAAAUCAAAGGAAGAAUAAUAGACUUUGUAGCAGAGGUUGUGGUGUUUCAGACCUAUGAAAAUGAAACGGAAAGUCCCAUUGAGGCAAAAUAUGUCUUCCCCUUGGAUGAUACAGCUGCUGUGUGUGGAUUUGAAGCAUUCAUUAAAGGAAAGCAUAUAAUAGGAGAGGUUAAAGAAAAGGAAAAAGCACAUCAGGAAUACAGAGAGGCCAUCAGUCGAGGCGAUGGAGCUUAUAUGAUGGAUCAGGAUGCACCAGACAUUUUUACUGUUUCUGUUGGAAACUUGCCGCCUUCAACAAAAGUGCUCAUCAAGAUCACCUACAUCACGGAGCUCAGUUACGAAAAUGGGAAUCUUUGCUUUCGCUUGCCAGCUGCUGUAGCUCCUUGGCAACAAGACAAAGCAUUAAAUGAAAACACGCAGGACUCAGUAAGGAAAAUUUGCAUUAGACAAACAGAAGCAAAAAGAGAAUUCAGCUUAGAAAUGUCUAUUGAAAUGCCCUUCAAAAUCAAUAACAUUAGUAGUUGGACACAUCAGCUUAAAAUAAAGAAAACAGACUGCAAAGCAGUGGUUUCUACAACUGAAGACAGUUUCUUGGACGCUAGUGGCUUUUCAAUGGAAAUCCUGAUUGGUGAUGUAUAUUUGCCCAGAAUGUGGGUAGAAAAACAUCCAGAUGAAAAUAGCGAGGCCUGUAUGCUUGUGUUUCAACCAGAGUUUGAAGUUCCAUAUGAUCAUUUAAGCCUCCAAGGUGAAGCUGUCAUUUGCCUAGAUUGCUCCAAUUCCAUGGCAGGUUCAGCAAUCCAGCAAGCCAAGGAGAUUGCAUUACAGGCUCUAAACUCGUGUCAUUUGACAAGAAAAAUAAGUGUACUCAAAUUUGGGACAAAUUUUGUAGAACUUUGUUCCGAUCUUGAUGAUUCCACUAUGGAUUCCAUAGCUUUGAAAGAAUUUAUCACAUCAUCUUCAGCUACAAUGGGAGAUUCAAACUUAUGGAAGGUACUGCAUUAUCUGAGUUUGCUCUACCCUACUAAAAGCAAGCGCAAUAUUAUUCUUAUAUCUGAUGGACAUAUUCAGAAUGAAGGCAUGACCCUGCAGGUGGUGAAGAAAAAUGCACUGCACACCCGAAUAUUCACAUGUGGAGUGGGUCCUACAGCAAAUCGUCACAUGCUGAGAUCUUUAUCCCACUAUGGAGCUGGAACUUUUGAAUAUUUCGAUGUGAAAUCAAAAUAUAACUGGGAGAGAAAGGUGAAAAGCCAGACAACUAGAAUGUUUUCUCCACAGUGCAGUUCUAUUUCCAUUGAAUGGCAGACUUAUGAUAUACACAAUCCUAAUCUUAGCUUUUCUCCUGCUCAGAUACAUGCUCUGUUUAACCACGAGCGUCUUCUAGUCUAUGGAUUUAUCCUCAAUUGCACAGAGGCCAUUUUAAAGGCACAAGUAAAUAAUCAGGAAUUGUAUACACUGGUUUCUACAUCUGAACUGCAGAAGACAACAGGAACUAUACUCCACAAACUUGCAGCAAGAGCCUUUAUUAGAGACUAUGAACAAGGGAUGCUUGAUGAGAACGAAACAGAGCAUGAGAUGAAAAGAGAACAGCUGAAGUCCAGCAUCAUUGAACUCAGCCUGAAGCACUCCAUUGUGACCCAGUUUACAAGUUUUGUGGCAAUUGAAAAAAGGCAGGCAGAUGAAGACCAAAGUGGUGAUACUUCAGAUCACUUGGAGCCUGUAGCUACACAUGAUGUCGAUAUUUUACCCUACAUAGAAUAUUCAACAGAAGAAAUUGUGGACAAUGAAAGUAUGUUGGAGCAUGACUUUAUAUCUGAUCAUCUUAACUUUGCACCAUUUGAGAUAUUUGACUUCUGCGCCACACCUGCCAAUUACUCUUAUUCUGCGGGUGCUACUUUAGACCCUGGUAUUCCAGUUCAGGAAGUGUCUGGAGUCUUGUGCAAGUCAGUCAGGGAAGAAAUUGCUUUUGAACAACCUCACAGACCCCUUGUUUGUAAAACUGUUUCACCCAAAAAAAAGAAAGCCGUUCCUAAGCAUCUGCUUGCCUUUCAUUCAGAAGGAGAAAUAUUAAAACCUUCAAAAAAAGUGAAGCGAUCUGCUUCUUAUAAAAGAAAGACAGCUGCUUCUGAAACGAAAUUAAAGACAACUCAUUAUGCAGCUAAGUCUUCAGAAGAGAAUUCAUGCCAGGAUAGAGUUCCGAGAUCAUUUAAGGUACCCUUAAGUUCUGUUGACUGGCCUCAGCUCUUCAAGCUUCAAAAUCAGGAUGGAUUUUGGCAACUUACCUUUGAGCUUGGGAUGUUUUUAGAUCUUGAUGUGCAUCAUUUAAUUAAUGUUUCACUUGCAAAAAAUGGAAUUCAGUCACUUGGUCCAAAAGGAAAAGAGAAACUGUUGCAGCUGAUUGCUACCCUUCUAGUGCUCCAGGCUAUAUAUUUCAAACAACUGGGAGGUCUUAUCUUCAAAUCUCUAAUGAAAUUGAAAGAGUCUCCUCCAUCAUGGGUACUUAAUCCAGUAAGGAAAGCAACUGAGUGGGCAAACAAAACGAACCGUGAAUUUCCAGAUAUUUGCCAGCGUCUUCAGCUUGGAAAAGACUGGGAUGAUGCCACUAAAAAGCUCCUGGGUAUUUAAGUAAUGAACACAACAUACUUCAUGCUUCUCUUAAUAAUUGAACACUACUAAGUUUGUUCUUCUCUUACUGAUGAACAUGACACACAAUAAAAGCACACUAUCACUGA